AUGCUUUCAAUCGAGGAUCGCUGUCUCCAGGAGACGGCUGUCACGCCCCACUGGACCCCUGGGGGCGAUGCUUUUUGGUAUCGUCAGAAGCUCGACGAUGAAAAGUACCAGUUCAUGUUUGUUCAUGCGGCAGACAAGAUUGUCAGGCCUGCAUUUGACCAUAAAAAACUUGCAAAGGAGCUGUGCCAGAAGACGGGGAUGGAUUUUGACCCCCACCAGCUUCCUUUCCUUUGGAUUGAAAUCACAACAGACGGCAAUAGGGCUCGCUUUCUAGCAAAGGGCAAGAAAUGGGAAUACGGGACGGAGUUGGUUGAGUGGGAUGGGACAUUCAAGCAAGAGAGUAAUUCUCUGAUGCAGGUCGAGGAACCGUCAGAUCCAUUGAGCACUUCCCCGGUCAGAGUCCGCUUUACGAACCAGACAGAGGGAACGCUGAAUCUCAUCUGGAUCAACUUCGAAGGGGAGCCAAAACAUUACGGCACAAUACAGCCUGACGAAGCAAGGAGCCAGGAGACAUACUCUGGUCACUGCUGGAGGCUAGAGGAUGCUUCGAGCGGCAAGGUGAAGGCCAUAUAUCGCGUUCCAGACACUGGGCAUGAUGCUGUCAUCGUGAAUGAGCCUUCUCCAGAAGACGAUGCAAAAUCUGGCGAUGAAGCUAAAAUCCCUGCCCGACAGGAUGAAGAGAAAACGCAAGAUGGAGAAAUAUCAGAUAUAAAACUUGAUAUACAGCAGUAUAAUCUAUGGAUGAGUGAAACAGGGAUGGAUGGGACUGUGCGCACACAGAUCUCCAAGAAUGGCACAGAAGAGCAGCCCUAUGAUAAGAUUAUGGUCUUCAAAUCGCCAGACGACAAUUUUGCGAUUGCUUGGCAAUUCACGCCGGAACAGGAGAGUUCCCUUCACCUACUCAACUACGCGCCAGACGAUCAACUCCAGCCGAAGCUGACGAAGAAGCAAUACUUAAAACCGGGCGAUCGUGUGAGGGUUGACCGCCCGAGAUUGUUUGAUUUGGGUACUCAGAGAGAGGUUGAAACAAGCGAUGCUCUUUUCGCAAACCCAUACCAAAUGAUAAGUCUGGGUUGGGGCGUAAAGGAUGGGAAACCCGAGUAUCGAUUUAUCUUCAACGAGCGAGGCCAUCAGCUCAUGCGCGUACUGGCGAUAGGGCUUGAUGGGACGGUGCGGGUGUUGAUCGAAGAGAAGAGCGACACCUUCAUAAAUUACGCGAACAAGUUGUCAUAUGAAGUCCUCAAACAGUCCAACAUGAUGAUAUGGGCAAGUGAGAGAGAUGGUUACAGUCAUAUAUAUCUUGUUGAUCUGGAGAAGGGCGAGGUGAGGAACCAGAUCACACAGGGCCAGUGGAAUGUCCGCGAUGUUGAGCAUAUUGAUGAGACGAACCAGCAAAUAUGGGUAUCUGCAUAUGGUUUCAGGAAAGACGAGGACCCGUAUCAUCUGAAUUUAGUCCGAGUCAACUUCGACGGCACCGGUUGCCAAGCACUGACCGAGGGCGAUGGAACCCAUGUUUGGAAGUGGUCUCCUAACAACCGCUUCUUCAUCGACACCUGGUCGAGAGUUGACCUUCCUCCCCGUACUGCCGUGAGAAGUUCAGAAACAGGGAGUCUCCAGCUAAUGCUGCAUGAAAGAACGGCGCAAGAUUUAACGGAAAAUGGGUGGGAUCCCGCAGAGAGAUUCUCGGCAGUCGGUCGAGAUGGCGAGACCCUGAUCUAUGGUAUUAUUAUCCGGCCGCCACAAUUUGACCAGACCAAAAGGUACCCAGUACUAGAGAACCUCUAUUCUGGUCCACAUGAUUUCUCUACCCCAAAGCGAUUUGAAUCAAUGCCAAGGCUCCGUGAAUGGGCCUCGCAGGGCUAUAUUGUUGUCAUUUUGGACGGAAUGGGAACAAAUUGGAGAUCUAAAAAGUUCCAUGAUGUUGCCUAUAAGAAUCUCAAAGAUGGCGGACUCCCAGAUCGGAUAGUUUGGAUGCAGGAAGCAGCAAAAACAAGACCGUGGAUGGAUUUAUCGCGUGUAGGAGUUAUGGGAGGUUCUGCUGGGGGGCAGAACGCCGUAUCGGCAUUACUCCAUCAUGGCGACUUUUACAAAGCGGCAGUCGCAGAUUCAGGAUGUCACGACAACCGGUUGGAUAAAAUCUGGUGGAAUGAGCAGUGGAUGGGAUAUCCGGUGGAUGAAUCAUAUGAGGAGAACUCGAACAUCACCCAUGCUGCUAAGCUAAGAGGAAAGUUGAUGCUGGUGGUAGGUGGGAUGGAUACGAAUGUAGAUCCUGCAGCUACGAUGCGGCUCGUAUCUAAGCUAAUCAAAGAGGAUAAAGAUCACGAAUUGGUGUUCAUCCCCGAUGGGAGUCACUGCGAAGGUAUGAAUGGACCUGCCCUGGGGCGGAUGAAGAGGUUUUUCAAGCAGCAUUUAAACCCAUAG